UGCAGCGGCCGCCGCCGCCGCUGCGGCGGGAGGAGGGGUGGAGGUGGCUUCGGAGUUGUCCGGAGAAGGUGGGCAUUUCUCGGCUUUCCCGCCCCCUCCCCUAGGCUCCCCCCUCCCUUGCUCUCCCCCUCCCUCCCGCCCCGCACCCCACGUGAAGCGGAAUAUAAAGGGGGGUGUGAGGCUAGAGGGGAAAGUGAAUGGUGAAGGGCUGAAGGGGUACCCCCUUCGGGUCCCUCGGCCGCCCUGUUCACCCUCGUUCAUCCUCCCUUCCCGAAGCUCGCCCUCGAAGGCAGCAGCGGCCGGCGCCCUCGGCUGAGGAGGAGUAGGAGGAGAAGGAGGAAUCGCGCCGGGUGGAGCAUCAGGUCCCGUUUUCCUCCCCGGGCGUCUUGAACACAAAGAUUACGGUGCAGAAGGAAAUUGCUCGCGCCUCCUCCGCCCCCCGGUCCCCAACACAAUGCACCAGCCGCCCGAGUCCACCGCCGCCGCGGCCGCGGCCGCUGCAGACAUUAGUGCUAGGAAGAUGGCGCACCCGGCAAUGUUCCCUCGAAGGGGCAGUGGCGGUGGCAGCGCCUCUGCUCUCAGUGCAGCAGGUACCGGCGUUGGUAGUAGUGCCCCAUCUUCCGAGGAUUUUCCGCCUCCGUCGCUGCUCCAGCCGCCACCUCCUGUAGCAUCUUCUCUGUCGGGACCACAGCCUCCGCCUCCACAAAGCCUGAACCUCCUUUCGCAGGCUCAGCUGCAGGCACAGCCUCUUGCACCAGGCGGAACCCAGAUGAAAAAGAAAAGUGGCUUCCAGAUAACUAGCGUGACCCCGGCUCAGAUCUCCGCCAGCAUCAGCUCUAACAACAGCAUCGCAGAGGACACCGAGAGCUACGAUGAUCUGGAUGAAUCGCACACGGAAGAUCUGUCUUCUUCCGAGAUCCUUGAUGUGUCACUUUCCAGGGCUACUGACUUAGGGGAGCCCGAACGCAGCUCCUCGGAAGAGACGCUCAAUAACUUCCAGGAAGCCGAGACCCCUGGGGCCGUCUCUCCCAACCAGCCCCACCUUCCUCAGCCUCAUUUGCCUCCCCUUCCACAACAGAAUGUUGUGAUCAAUGGGAAUGCUCAUCCACACCCCCUCCAUCACCACCAUCACAUUCACCAUGGGCACCACCUCCACCACGGGCACCACCAUCCAUCCCAUGCCGGUGUGACUAGUACAUCCAUUCCCGCAGGGCCACCCUCAAGCCCCGGAUCCAGAAAACUCUCGACAACUGGAAGCUCUGACACUGUUAUGCCCGCUGCUCCAACUUCUGCUGUAUCAUCGGGUGGCUCGCCUGCCCCCGUCAUGCCUAGUAUCCGAGCUUCGAGUACGACGGGCAGUAUAGGUAUCAAUUCUGUCCCUGGCACUAGUGCGAUGAAUAACGUUAACCUUGCUGCCGUGGGUAGUUUUAAUCCCAGCGUGACCAGCAGCAUGCUUGGUAACGCUAAUGUCAGUGCCAGCGGUAUUCCCAGUGCUGCUGGCGUGAGUGUGGGGCCUAUAGCGAGCGGUGGUGUCAACGUGAAUCUCCUGAGCGGCAUGGGCAAUGGUACUCUUUCUUCCUCCGCUGCGGUGAACAGCGCUGCCAGCGCCGCUGCGGGGGUGACGGUGGGCUCGAGUCAGCAGCAGCAACCCGCAGUGAACACGUCGAGGUUCCGAGUGGUAAAGUUAGACUCUAGUUCGGAGCCUUAUAAAAAAGGCAGAUGGACUUGCACCGAGUUCUACGAGAAGGAAAACGCUGGCCCUCCUGCCGAAGGGGUGGUGAUAAACAAAGCGGUGGAAACUGUAAAACAAAACCCGCCUGAGGUGACGUCCGAGAGGGAGAGCACGAGUGGGAGCUCAGUGAGCAGCAGCGUCAGCACCCUGAGUCACUACACGGAGAGCGUGGGGAGCGGCGAGAUGGGGGCCCCAGCUGUGGUGCAGCUGCAGCAGCAGCAGCCGCCGCCGCCACCACCAGCGGCCCUUCAAGCUGUGGCCCUUCCGCCGAUGGACUUCGGUAGCAGCGCGGGCGCCCAGAGCCUCCCAGCGGGUAGCGUACCGCCCAGUGUUUCCCAACCCCAGGUCUCGCAAGUGCAGUUACAGCCUCCGCCUCCAGAACUGAGCUAUCAGCAGAAGCAGGGUCUCCAGCCAGUACCUGUGCAGGCCGCUCUCCCCGCUGCGCCUGGUGUCCAGCCAACACCUGUUGGUGUGGUGGGCGUAACUCCAGCUUUGGGUCAGCAGCCCUCCGUUUCCAGCCUGGCCCAGCCCCAACUGCCGUAUUCUCCGGCGGCCCCUGCAGUGCAGGCUCCCCUUCCAGGCGCACCACCCCACCAGCUCCAGUAUGGACAGCAGCUGCCCCCCGUUUCUACACAGAUGGCCCCAAGCCACGGUACGACAGUGACUCCGAAUCCUCCCUCCGAGUACGUGCAGCCUCCGCUUCUUCAAACAGCAGUGCCCUCUGGUCAGCCUGCCCCUGCGGGAGGGGCAGCAGGAGCCCCCGGGAUGCCUCUGGCUCAGCAGCCCAGCAUCCAGCUGCCGGUGCAGCCCGCGGCCGGCCAAGCACAACCUGCGGGGGCAUCUGGCCAGCCUGUGGGCCAGGCUCAAACAGCAGUCUCUGCCGUGCCUCCUGGGAGUCAAAUCGCAAAUAUUGGUCAACAAGCAAGUAUACCUGCAGCAGUGCAGCAGCCCUCCCCUCAAGUCACACCUGCAGUUCUCCAGCAAGGUGCUCCUCCGCCAUCACACAUAGUUCCACCUGCUCAAGCUGCGAUUCUUCAUCAGGGAGUUCAGACCAGUGCUUCAAGCCUUCCUCAACAACUGGUCAUUGCACCCCAGAGUACCUUGUUAACUGUGCCUCCCCAGCCACCAGGAGUAGAGUCAGUAGCUCAAGGAGUUGUUUCGCAGCAGUUGCCCGCAGUUAGUUCUUUGCCCUCUGCUAGUAGUAUUUCUGUUACCAGUCAGGUUAGUUCAACUGGCCCUUCUGGAAUGCCUUCUGCCCCAACAAACUUGGUUCCAUCACAGAAUAUAGCACAAGCCCCUGCCACUCAGAAUGGUAAUUUGGUUCAAAGCGUUAGUCAACCUCCCUUGAUAGCAUCCAAUAUAAAUUUGCCUUUGGCACAACAGAUACCACUAAGUUCUACUCAGUUCUCUGCACAAUCAUUAGCUCAGGCAAUUGGAAGCCAAAUUGAAGAUGCCAGGCGCCCAGCGGAACCCUCCUUAGUUGGCUUACCUCAGACUAUCAGUGGUGACAGUGGGGGAAUGUCAGCAGUUUCAGAUGGGAGUAGCAGCAGCCUAGCAGCCUCUGCUUCUCUUUUCCCGUUGAAGGUGCUACCGCUGACGACACCCCUGGUGGAUGGCGAGGAUGAGAGUGCUUCUCUCCUACCAGAGGUGCAAGGAGUGAUCCUAGAGCCACAGAUACAGCCAAGACCACGGAGAGCUUUUGACGUCAGGGGUCCACUUUCUCCACUGAACCCUUGGAGGCAGAAUAUCCAGCUUCUGGAGAGAGUGGGAAAGGAUAAUAAACAAGUGGGUGCUUUCCAUUAUUUACUUGGGUUUAUUUAUAGAGUGGAGUGUCCUUCCAUUGGCCAUUUAAUUCUGUUGUUAAACUCCUGAGGUUCAUCUAAGAACCAAGUAGGGCUGCCAUCUGUUUGUUUUUCUAAGAAUGCUCACCAGUGCCCAUUCAGAAAAUACUUAAAAUUUACUUAAUUUUCUCUCCAGAUAAUUAAAGCAAUGGAUGAUUUGGGGGGGCACUUGACUUGGUGAAUGCCUGUGUGGUCCACAGGAAUUUUUAACAAGGAAAUAUUUAUUUGCCCAUUUUAGCCUUUACUGGUUAUUUGUGGACUUCUAAGUGCUCUUUGAUAUUCCAGUAUUUAAGAAGUUGCAUUAUUUCGUCUUUGGGCAAGCUGGACAUCUGGAUUCUCCUAAUUUACACAGUCUGAUGUCGGAUGUCCAGGUGUUAUCCUACCCUGUUAGUGAGAACUUUUUGGUCUUUUUUUCCUACCUCAAACUUUAGGACUUCAUAUUAAGUAGAUCUUUAACAAGAUGCAAUGAUAGUACCGUUAUGGUUUUACUGUCAAAUCUAGGCUUCAUUCUUUAAUAAGAAAAUAUUAAUGCAUAUAAGUUUCAGGAUAUAGUAUCCCUGGAAGCUAUGUGAAUUAUACUCACAAGUAGUUUUCCAGUCCCUAGGAAUGAUGUUACUUGUGGCAAAAGAGCCUUGUCCUAGAUGUCCCCCCAUGGCAUUAAGAUGGUUUUCUCUUAGUUUCUUUGAUGCCAAGGGUAGGAUUUGAUUCCAGGAAGUUCUUAUCAUCGACAAUGGGUAGAACGUGAACUUGGUGCCUUUGGCAAGUUUUCAUUUUUUCCUUGGUGGAUUCCUUCUGUGACUCCAGGUAUCUUGAUAAUGGGAGACCGGUUUAUUUGUUCUCUAAUUGCCCAGAUUUCUUUCAACUGGUAAACAUCAUACUUCAGCAAAAGGAACUCCUCUAGCAGAGCCUUCAUGGAUGAUAUCUGUCACACAUGCAGCAGCUGCACUUUGGAAGGCAGUGGUGAACGGAGCCACGCACUAUGUCUAGAAGACACAAGGAUGAGAGAGCCACCUGAUCUUGUCAUUUAUAAACGUUAAGAUUUACUCUGGUGUACUCUUGGUCUGAAAAUGGAAGGGCUCAAAUAAUGACAUAAUUUUUUCAGAGUGAAAUUAUUCAUGGCCAUGAAAAUAUUCCUUUCUAUUCAGAAGACUGAAAUAGGGGAAGCAUGAGAGACUCCUUUCUUUAAAAAGCAGCUCUUUGUUCCACGUAAAAGAUUUGUGGGAUUGAAAAUCACCUGAAUGAAGCAGGCAGACUUUUUAUUUUUUAGUAGCCUAGGAGAUUCAGAAAACCUAAUGAAGCUGUCUUGUGAACUAGUAAAUAAAGGGGGAACUUCUGAAUUAUUCCCCGGUUAGUCUAAAUAUUGGGGUGCACUCUUUUGGCUUAUCUUUUUCUAGUCUUGAGCCUUAUUCUUAUUUGUCAAACCAACGAAGAUUCCAGGGUAGAUGUAGAGACGCCUUCUGAGUUCAGUCUUCUAAAGUAGUAAAUACCUGUUAAACUUGAAGUGUUGUUCUGCACUGCAGGCAUGCUAAAGUGGAAUGAUACUGAAACAAAGAGGUAUUUUAUAUGUAGGGCAAGGGCAAUUAGUAGUAUUAGAAUAAGCCUCUGGGUAUGAGUUAGUGUUUGCAGGUAGUUAUCCAAACUAUUGAUUAAUUGAUGAACUUAGUGAUCACAGUGUUUUACUUCUCUCUGGUAUCUAAUAACUGGUCAGUCAAAAGCUAUUAAAAGAAGGUUUUAAAAGUUA